AUGGCCCCUGCGUGGCCAUGGCUUGCCUUGCUGUUUGCCUGUGGCGGCUCUGCUCCCGUGCUUGAUUGUGAGGCUCUGCAAAGCCGUGUCGAGUUGGAUUUACACGGGCACAACCGGAAUUGGAAAAAAGCGAUUGCUGCUGUGGCCAAUGGGGCCAGCUCAGGCUGUGGAAGGUGCUUCUUCUAUUUGGGUGCACUAUUGGCACUUGGCGAGCCCGAAGUUGCGCAAUUCGCACGCUUCAGAGUUUCUCGCGAUGGUGGCAUCGAGUUUCAGUGGGCUUCGCUUCCCGAGUCUCAAACGGAGAGCCUGGAUCGGCCGCUGCUUGCAUAUUACAUCGGAGCUGAGAAAAAAGAUGCAUUCUCGACACUGGCCCUCUCAAACUACAUGCUGAAGGGCCUGAUGCUGGGCGCCACCAGGUGGUGGCAAGGUUCCAGAAAUCAGAUAGGUGUGCCAGCGAUCAGCCGGAUCCCACACGAGCAUGGGUCAGGAAACUCAUUGUGUCCAGUUGUCUUGCGAGCGCUGGAGGUCGUGGCCGAGACGGCCGCCUCAAAUGAAGACAAAGGAUCCGAUGUCAGCGUCUUGCAAUUCUACAUUCGGAAUGCUACAGAAGGCCGUCGGGCCAAAAAGGAGCUGCAAGACUGGAUGCUGGCGCGAUCGCGUGAUGGAUGGGGGCCGGCGAAGUAUGUGCAGUCGGCCCUGUUCUUGCAUGGAGAUGAAGAUCUCGGCGUGCCUCGAAAUACCUCGCAUGCUGCUAUGCUGCUAGAUUCUGUUGCUCAGGAUGGAAGUGCAGAAGCAUCCUGGGCGGCACUGCUAGUGCAUGCCCGACGAAGCAACGCGAGUGGCAUUCUGCGUUAUGCCGAGCAAGUUCGUGACUCUGACGCCCCACAGCUUCAGAAAGUCAUGGCACAGCACUACUUACACCUCUAUGGCUCCAAUAAUGCCAGCCUUGCUGGGGUUUACUUGCUUACCGCAGCCGAUCUUGGAGAUCCUAAUGCGCAGCAAUUGGUUGCACACGCCUACGCUGGGCUGAAUGUGCCAGAGCUGUCCAACAUCAAGAUUCCAGGUGCUCCCAACGAAGCCCGGGCAUUGCAGUAUUACGGGCUUGCCGCGCGGCAAGGACGGCCAGUGUCAGCCAUCAACGCAGUUUCGCUGAUGUUGCGCAGAAGUAGUGACACGAGCCAGAGCUGCAGGGCUGCGGCAGCAACUCUGCAGAGCGUAGCAUUGUCUUUCCAUCCUGAUGUGCUGUCCUUGCACAGUGACGCGCGAAGGAAUUUCCUUGAGAGCCAUGAGGAAGCCGCGCUGAUUCACUACGUUCUGCUAUCUGAAUUGGGAUCAAUGAGCAGCCAUAUCAAUGCCGCUGAUCUUUGGGCUAAGGGGACUGCAGAGCAAUGGCACUUCAGAUGUUGGAGAUCAGCUGGACUGGGGAUUGCUCGAGAAUGUGAGCUGGACUAUCGCCGCAGAGCCGCCGCUUCCGGCGAUGUCGAUGCGAUGCUUGAUGUAGCUGAUGCUUACCUGUCAAGCGAUGAGACGACUUUGGCGUACCAGUGGGCAAGCUUGGCAAGCACCAGCGGAAGCACUCGAGCCAACUUCAGUGUGGCAUACCUGAAGCAACACGGAGUCGGAACGGCCCAGGAUGUUGACGGUGCUUGCAAGACUUACUGCUCUCUCUUGCAUCUUGACACAGAGCCACUGCUUGUUCGAGGCAUGGCGCUCUUUCAAAUCGCGCGUUUGAGAGUAGCAACCGGGGUGGAAUGCUGCGAAGCUGCGGAGCACUCCCUGCGAUGGGUUAGCCACUGGGCCGCUGUCUUUGGACUUCUACUGAGUGCUGGCGCCGCAAGCUCCUUUUUCUAG